AUGACUGAUACAAAAGAGGAGCUGCAGCUGUCCUCCACCUCCAGUCACCUGGAAAACAUGCCCGGGGUGGACGAGCACGACAUCCUGCCGCCGGAUCCCAACAACCCGCAGAACUGGUCCUUAACCGCCAAGCUAGUCACCUAUUUAACAAUUUGCUCAUUCACUUUCUUGGCCAAUGUGAAUUCCAGCAACUUCGCAGUCGCCACUAAAGCGAUCAUUAAGGAGUUUCACGUAGAUCAAACUAAGGCUGGCCAACUGGUUUGUUUCAAUGUUUUUAUGUUCGGUGUUGGGAACGUCUUCUGGGUUCCCCUGAUGCGGGUGAUCGGGAAGCGCCCUGUCUACCUAUUGGCGAUGUUGGGCCUCUGCAUGAUGAAUGUCUGGUCCAGUCAAGCUACUAGCUAUGGUGAGCUGCUUGCUGCGCGGAUUUGCUCCGGAUUUCCCGCAGCAGCUGCAGAUGCCACGGUCCCCGCCGUGGUUGCGGAUAUGGUUCCGGCGGCAGACCGUGGUCAUUAUAUGAUGAUUUUCCAUCUGGCGCUCACGGCAGGGCUUUUCUUGGGCCCAGUUAUCAACGCAUAUCUAAUCCAGGAUGAAAACUGGCGUUGGAUGUGUUACUUCUUGGCGAUCGCUGUCGGUGUCGUCCUCCUGAUCGCCAUCUUCACUAUUCGGGAAACCUCCUACAUCAAGCAUCGCAGCGCGGCGUUAGGUCGCAAGCGCUCCCAACGAGAAUGGAUGUCUCUGUCGGUGGGCUUCAAUCGAGACGCCUCGUUUCUCCAAGCACUGUUAGAUAUCUUGGCCAACACCGCCUAUCCUCCACUUAUUUGGUGCUCACUUACCAUUGGGAUCUCCGUGGGCUGGAAUAUUGUGGUGCAACUUGUGUCGACAAAAACAUUUACCGCGCCACCUUAUAAUUGGAAAAUAGGGGAUAUCGGUUUGCUGUCUAUAGCUGGAUUCAUUGGCUGUCUGUUUGCCUUUUAUCUGGGAGGACGCCUGAUCGACGUCAUUUCCACACGAAGCACUGUUCGUCAUGGUGGUGUUCGGCUGCCUGAAUACCGACUACCCGCCAUUGUGAUUCCAGGUACGAUUGGCCCAGCGGGAAUCCUGAUCUUCGGACUUUGUGUUGCACACGAGACACAUUGGAUCGGGCCUGCCGUUGGGUACGCCAUGCAAGCGUUUGGUGUCGCUGCCAUUUCGAAUGUGGCUGUCACAUAUGCUUUGGAUAUGUAUAAACCGGUGACCGGCGAGGCAUUGGUGAGCAUCUUCGUUAUUCGAAACACCAUCGGCAUGCUCUUGUCGCUUUAUGCUACCGACUGGAUCGAGCGACAAGGAACAAGCUCAGUCUUUGGUGAAAUGACCGCAAUUCAGGUCGUGAGCAUUCUGUUUGCGAUCCCACUCUAUCUUUACGGUGGUUCAUUGCGGGCUUUUACCUCCAGCUAUGGACCGAUGAAGCGAUUUCGUGGCGCGUGA